AUGGCGAUGACUCUGGGGAGCAGGGAGCACUGGACCGAAGCAUACAUUGAGGCAUUUAGAAGAAAUAAAUACCCAGCUGACAAAACUACUAACAGUACUGACUUCUGUGGAUGUCAUAAUUGUAUGAAUUCUAAGAAGGAAAAGAAGUUUGCGAAUGAAAGAAGUCAGGCUCAGCCUGGAGAAGCUAGCAUGACCUAUACAGAAGAACAGUUUCUUGGGGUGCAGAGGAUAAAGAAAUGCAAAAGUUACUAUGAAAUUCUGGGAGUUGGCAGAGAUGCCAGUGAUGAGGAUCUAAAGAAAGCUUACCGAAAACUGGCCCUGAAAUUUCACCCAGAUAAGAACUGUGCACCUGGAGCCACAGAAGCUUUUAAAGCAAUAGGGAAUGCUUUUGCCGUCCUCAGCAAUCCUGAUAAAAGGUUACGCUAUGAUGAAUAUGGAGAUGAACAAGCAACUUUUGCUGCCCCCCAGGCCAGACCCUACAAUUAUUACCCAGAUUUUGAAGCUGACAUUACCCCAGAAGAGGUCUUCACUGUGUUCUUCGGAGGACAUUUUCCUACAGGAAAUAUUCACAUGUUUUCAAAUGUAACAACAGAUGAUACACUCUUUUACCGCCGGCGACACCGAAAUGAGAGGGUACAGACUCAGAAGGAAGAAGAAGAAAAGCCUCAGAAUAUGUAUUCUGCAUUUCUUCAAUUGCUUCCAGUUUUCGUGAUUGUGAUUAUAUCUGUUAUUACUCAGCUGAUGGCCUCAAAUCCUCCAUAUAGUCUGUUCUAUAAAUCGUCCAUGGGGUACACCAUUUCCAGAGAAACUGAGAAUCUGCAGGUGCCUUAUUUUGUUGAUAAACACUUUGAAAAAAACUAUAAGGGGUCAUCACUGCGGGACCUGGAGAAGACUGUAGAAAAGGAUUAUAUAGAUUAUAUCCAGUCAAGUUGCUGGAAGGAAAAACAACAAAAAUCAGACUUGACAAAUUUGGCCAGACUGUACCGAGAUGAACGCUUGAAACAGAAAGCAGAAUCACCGAAACUCAAAAACUGUGAAAAACUGUCCAAUCUUAUUGGCCUCCAUAAAGGUGGCUGA